CUCCGGCUCGCCCGGCGCCUUUUCCUCCCGCCCCUCACGGCCAGACAAAGCCCACGGCCCUGGAGUGAUCAUAGCCGGGUCCGGCUGCUCGGCGGGCGGUAGGGUUGCGGGUAUAUCAAGGACGCCCAGUUACACUUGAAUUUCACGUAGACCACGGACAACGUUUUAGUGUAUGUCCGACACAGUGUUUCGGACAUGCUUAUACUAAAAAUUAUACCUGUAUCGGAGAUUCGAAUGUAACUGGGCGACCUGUGUCUUUAUUUGCUAAAUAUGGCAACCUCACCCGCAGCCCCGGGUAGAUGAGGAGCCUCUGGGCUCGGAGAGGCGCUGCUUGGCGUCAGGGAGGCCUGGGAGGUAGAGGGUGUGGAGCGGGGAAGUGGGCUGCGGGUUCGUGAGGGCUGGGUGGUAACCUGCUCUCACGGGGCUGCAGAUUGAUUCCACCGGACUCCCACGCCGCCAUUCCCUCUGCUGAACUAUUCAGGGAGUAAAACGCCAUGGGCUCGAGUUUUGUUUUUAUAUCCCAUUCCAGUGAAAGAGUUGCCUGAUGGUCUUGCACUGAUGGACCUGUGUGAAUAGGCCUUUUAUUUUACCUCGUUGGUAACAUUGUUUCUAAUGGACUUUUAAAACGGAUUCUCUUAACGAUUUGAUGAUUAAGAGCAGGGGAUUUUGGCUCCAUAGCCAUCUCUGUGCUCAUGAAGGAGUCACUUUACCUCCUAGUGAUUUUCUUUCUCUCUCCUUCCUUCCCCUUUCCCGUCUCUCUCUGCUUCCCAACCCCUGACCCGUGCUGCCUCCCCCCUCCCUCCUGCUUAACAGUAACUACCUGGGUGGGCUGCCUGAGGAGAGAAGUGAAGUGUGGGAAACUUAGGGACCCUGUAGAAGCGCUAUGAAGGUUCAGAAGGUUGUGGUGCUCCCCUUGCUUGAAGUGCAGUGGGCAGUUCUUGAGCCCCCAAAUAAGCCUCAGAACCACCUUCAUUAGUUUUUGACCCCUCUUACCAAGGAUUGUGGCAGAAAGGAAGAUGUUACCAAGUAUUUCAGUGAAUUCCUCAAUGCAGGGGAACGGAGUGUUGAACUCCAGGGAUGCAGCAAGACACACAGCUGGAGCAAAACGCUACAAAUACCUGAGAAGACUUUUUCGUUUUCGGCAGAUGGACUUUGAGUUUGCUGCAUGGCAGAUGCUCUACCUAUUUACUUCCCCACAGAGAGUUUACAGAAAUUUUCAUUAUCGAAAGCAGACAAAGGAUCAGUGGGCCAGAGAUGACCCUGCUUUCUUGGUCCUGUUAAGUAUUUGGCUCUGUGUGUCCACUAUAGGAUUUGGCUUUGUCCUGGACAUGGGAUUUUUUGCGACGAUAAAGCUGCUCCUUUGGGUUGUUUUCAUAGAUUGUGUAGGCGUUGGUCUUCUCAUAUCAACUUUAAUGUGGUUUAUCUCGAACAAGUACUUAGUGAAGCGGCAAAGCAGAGACUACGAUGUGGAGUGGGGUUAUGCCUUCGAUGUGCAUCUGAAUGCUUUUUAUCCUCUCUUAGUCAUUCUGCAUUUUAUCCAGCUCUUCUUCAUUAACCAUGUUAUCCUGACGGACACAUUUAUUGGCUAUUUUGUUGGAAAUACCUUGUGGUUGGUGGCAGUGGGCUAUUAUAUCUACGUAACCUUUCUAGGAUACAGUGCAUUGCCAUUUUUGAAAAAUACAGUAAUUCUUCUUUAUCCAUUUGCGCCUCUCAUUCUGCUCUACGGCCUGUCCCUGGCACUAGGAUGGAACUUCACCCACACACUGUGCUCCUUCUACAAGUACAGAGUAAAAUGAAGGCACUGGGAGACUAUGCCAUCUUACCUGUGCCAUAGGCAGAGUUGGUGAGGGGAUGAUUUCUUCCAAAACUUGUAAAUAAACUGUCUUUGCAGAUA